AUACCUUGAACCUUUGUCAGAGCCAAACACUUUUUCAAGUGUGGCCGCAUGGUGUGGAGCGCAGCGUCUGGCAACAAGGCGGCUCAGAGAGGGGAACCAUAGCAGCUUUGAUUCUCACUCUGGCUCCGCUCAUGACUUUUUGUUUGUAUAGAAAGCCUGUGGUGCAUCCAUCCGAGAGGAAUACUGAUCACUUUGUUGUUGCUGUAAGCAACUCUCGGGGGAGGGGGCUUUGUGAUGGAGGGGGAAUUCCUGAAAGGAAGCAGCCGUGAAGUGGCUGGUCAAGGCAACAAUCUUGUGAAGAAGACUCAGCUGCUGGACCGUGGCAAGUGGGCAAACAAGUUGGAGUUCCUGCUGGCUGUGGCAGGGACCCUGGUGGGCUUGGGCAAUCUCUGGAGGUUUCCUUAUUUGUGCUACAAAAAUGGGGGAGGGGCAUUUUUGGUUCCAUAUGUUCUCUUUCUUCUGGCCUGUGGUAUCCCAAUGUUCCUCCUGGAGACAGCCAUGGGCCAGUAUACAUCUCAGGGAUGCAUUACAUGCUGGAGGCACUUCUGCCCUUUGUUUGAAGGGAUUGGCUAUGCAACGCAGGUAGUGAUUGCCUAUGCUGCAGUGUCGUACAUCGUCAUCCAGGCCUGGGCUUUCUUCUAUCUCUUCUCAUCCUUCAGUACUGAGGUUCCAUGGGCCAGCUGCAGGAACCCCUGGAACACAGAACAUUGUGUUGAAUUCGACAAACAAAAUGUAUCAACUAAUUGGACAGCAGGUGCAAAUUCGACAACUCCUGCGACGGAAUUCUGGGAGAGACGAGUUCUGGGUAUAUCCAAGGGGAUAGAAGAGAUUGGCAGCCUGAGGUGGGAGCUGGCCUUGUGUCUCUUGUUGGCUUGGAUUCUGUGCUACUUCUGUGUUUGGAAAGGAGUGAGAUCCACUGGAAAGGUAGUUUACUUUACAGCCACUUUCCCUUAUGUAAUGUUGGUUGUUCUGUUGGCUCGUGGACUAACUUUACCCGGUGCCAUGGACGGCAUAAUGUUCUACCUCUAUCCUGACCCGACAAAGUUGGUGGACCCUCAAGUUUGGAUGGAUGCAGGUGCACAAGUCCUGUUCUCUUUUGGGAUUUGUCAAGGAAGUUUGACAGCUCUUGGCAGUUACAACGAGUUUAAUAAUAACUGUUACAAGGACACAUUUGUUCUGUGUUUGGUGAAUGGUGGCUCAAGCUUUGUGGCAGGCUUUGCUAUCUUUUCGGUUUUGGGAUUCAUGUCCUACGAACAAGGAUUGCCAAUAUCUGAAGUGGCUGCUUCUGGACCCGGCCUGGCUUUUAUAGCAUAUCCAAGAGCUGUAGCAAUGAUGCCUUUCCCACAGUUGUGGGCUAUAUGCUUCUUCCUCAUGGUAAUCCUGCUGGGUGCUGAUACACAGUUUGUGAGCUUGGAGUGCCUGAUGACCUCCGUGACAGAUAUGUUCCCGACUAUUUUCCGGAGGGCUUAUCGCCGAGAACUGCUGCUGCUUUGUCUCUGCUCCGUUUGCUUCUUCCUUGGGCUUCUUCUCGUCACUGAGGGGGGCUUGUAUUUCCUUCAGCUUUUUGACCAUUACGUCUGCAGCGGCAACAACCUUCUCCUCCUAUCAGUGUGUCAGUCCAUAGCAAUUGGAUGGAUAUAUGGUGCAGAUCGUCUCUACGACAACAUUGAAGAAAUGAUAGGGUAUCGUCCAUGGCCAUUAAUGAAGAUUUGCUGGCUUUACAUUACCCCUGCUGUUUGUCUGGGUACCUUCGUCUUCUCCUUGGUGAGGUACAAGCCUCUCAAAUUCAACAAAACCUACGUCUACCCAACCUGGGCCUACGCUCUGGGCUGGUGCUUGGGACUGUUCUGUGUUCUGCUGGUGCCUCUCUGGAUCCUCUUUAAAGUGACACAGAUGAAAGGCACAGUACGGCAGAAUCUCAAACAGCUUUGUCGCCCGGAAAACAAGCCCCACGACUCGGCAAAGCAACCUGAGCAGUACCCACUGAACCCCAGCAAAACUCUGGCUCCUGCUCCCAAUGAGUACAAGGCAAGCGGUGGAGUUGAAAUGGAGGUGCAAGUAUGAGACCAUGAACAUUUUCAAAACGUUUUGGAAGCUGGGUGGUUUUAAGUUCUUGUGCCACUGGAGGAGACAUCUCUCAACUUGUCUCCAUUUAUUACUUAGUGGUUAUUGCAUUUAAAUAGAUAUGGUUAAUUUAAAUCAUUUUCAUUUGUCAGUAUGCCAAGAAGCAGGCGGGAAUAUUUUCCUUCGCUAGUUGCGAGCACCGCGGUGCUGCUCUAAAGUUCUUAUAAGAACCUAUAAGAAAACUGUACCAAAAUUAAAGCACUAUGAUUAUGUUUUAACAGGAAUAUGUCCCGCAACAUGUGUGCCUGUGUAAGCUCUUGUGGACCUGUGCAAACUCUAGUAGACUUGAUUUGGCAGGAAAAACACUAUAUUUUGCCUUUUUUAUUGCAGUUUAGGAAAUAAAAAGAAAAUAUGGUGUCUCCUUCCAUUUCACUUGACAAUUAACAAAAUUCCUGUGAGAACAUGGUCAACUCCUCAAUGACUGUUUUGUUUAUCCAGUGCGUCAUCACUUCCAAUUUUCGCUGUGAGGGUGCAACAAUUUGCACAUUUUGCAGUGACCACAUCAGCUGAUUGGAAUUUGAAUCCCUUAAUACACAUGUUUUAAGGAGUAGUUGAUGGACAUGUUUUCAUAAAUGAAUUCCGACUUUUGGUACCAAAAACGUUGGCGGCUUUGUUAAAACAAGAUUUUAAUGUAACUUGUUGUAUAAGAAUCACUCAAACGUACAUCUUUUGAUUAUGGUCAUAAAUCCAACCUGUCAAUUCUCCACAUAUCUGCCUUUUAAAAAAUGUUUACUGACUAAAAAGUGUCAAUUUCUCUUGCUACCCUCAGCAAUACAACUCAUCUAAUGUUACUGAGUUUUUCUUAAAACAUGCUUCUAUUUUGUUAUUUUAACAUUUACAUUGUCUUUUGUUUGUUUGUUUGUCCACUCUAUGUAAAUUAUGGUUACGAUCAUUGUGUUAGAAACACGUUAUAUUCAUACUCAUAUAAAUAUACAUACAUGUUAUUAUCAUCUGUUUACACCUGCUGAGUUUAAGAGUACUAAAAUCAUUAAAAUCGUGUUGUGCACACAAUAAAACAAAAAAAAGUUGUGGAGUAAGAGGAUUUGGACUGCUACGCUGCAGUUGAAACACUUACGCCAAUCAUUUGAUAUUUAGUCCAUAAAAAUGUCUUAAAUGCUGAAAAAUAAAUACAGUUAAUUGCAAGAUUACAGAGUGGCUCCCAAAAACGUUGUUGAAAUGUAUUGCAAGAAUAAAAAUGUAACACAAUGUGUGUAUUUGGGAGGAAAAAAAAGUGUAAAACAUCAAGUGUAAACAUCAAAUGAAAGUGUUCUUGUAAUUAUAUACGUAUAUACUGUACACAGCCACACCUAGAUUCUACUCCCAAAUGUGAUAUUCGGCUUUUGAGUAAAAUUUUAGGAUGGACCGAAAAGCCACUAUAACCUUCACAGGUGAACUUAAUUUGACCGUCUCUACACUUGUGGCUGUGGCUGUUACGGCAUUAUAGAGUGUCAUUAACAGGUUGCAGCAGAGAUGCAGAGAGACUGGAAGAGUCACAGAAAGGCAUAGAAUGUGGACGACUGGACGUCCUCGGAAAUGAAAAUAGAACACCUGUUGUGAAUUUUCCCAUUCAGCUCUUUAUUAGAGAACCACAAGUUGUGCAAAAAGUAUUGAAACAAGUAACAGUUCGAAUAGGGGAAAUAAAGUUCACCUAUAAAGGUGCAUUUUAGAUUUAACCUGAAACUUUACCCAAAAGCCAAACAUCCCUAACUUUUUGUGAGUCGUGUAUUUUAUGUGUUGAAACUCAUCUUUUUAAACGGAUUGUUUAAACAGAACAACAACAGUAAUGUAAUACAUAAGAACAAGUCUUAGGUAUCUGCGCCAUGUACAGUAUUUCAGUUUUCCUAAUCAUGCUUCAUGUUACUGCUCUAAGUUCCACUACUCUAUUUGAAAUGUGACUGCACUACAAUGUACAAGUGGUAAGCAAGGACAAGUAGAGGGUGUUAAAUCAUCUAAAUACGCAAUAUAUGGAGGAAAUAUUUAACACAUACUGUAGGGUUUUGUUCUUAGAUUAAAUUAUAAAUUAUU